ACCCGCGAGAGCAGUGCGCGUCCAUACGUCGCGACAGUCGUUUCUACGUUUCUCUGUCUAUUUCUCUAUCCUUGUCUCUUUCUUUGUCUUCUUCGUAUAUCAACAACUUGCUUUUACGGAGCGAAUCGUUUCGUCAAGGUGACGUCCUUAAUUUGAACGUCCUUAUUCUUUGACAGAAGAAUUUUAUUCCUCAAAGUGACACCGAAAAAAGUAUCACAGCGUGGUCCACGUGGAGAUAACAUCUUCAAGCAACAGAUUCUAAGUUCGGACAAUUUCAAGAGUCCCUUUUCGAUUCUAGAAUUUGUUCGUUCGGAUUUGCAGAAUCUGAUCAUGCCGUUUCUCAACUUGAAUUGGACGAUAAGAUAUUCUCUUCGAAGUAGUACACUGAUAUUCUCAGAGAAAGAAGAAGAGAAUUGUUGCUGAAAGGCCAAGAUAAGUACGAUAAGUCCUCUUCGAUGUACCGUACGAUGAAACAUCAUCAUAAGGAGCAGAAACAGACGAAGAAGGAGAAAAUGUCAAGUUCGCCGUUUACUUUGUCGUCAUUUUCGUCGCAGAUAUCAUCGAGUUUCCACUUGUAUGUUUCGAAGAGACGAAGAAUCGACGUUUAAAUCGUUGUCCUUUGUCGUCGAUUUCUCAACAAUUGACUACACGUAUUCUCUAUUUUCGAAAAUAUUCUUUACGAUUUACCGACCUUGAAAAAGGUCUAAGAAAAUUUUCACGAUGAACGACACGUUGAAUACGACUACUAGCAUCAUCAAUUACACGCAAACAGACAGUACCAAUGAGACGACGAUACAAAAUUGUCAGGCUGAUUUGCCGAUUCUUUCUCUGGUUACACAGAUUCUUUACUCGAUCGUUUGCAUCAUUGGUUUACUUGGGAAUACUUUGGUGAUAUACGUUGUCCUACGUUUUUCAAAGAUGCAAACGGUGACGAACAUGUAUAUCGUUAACCUUGCUAUAGCAGAUGAAUGUUUCUUGAUAGGUAUACCUUUUCUCGUAACAACAAUGAGUACGAGAAGCUGGAUCUUUGGGAACGUAAUGUGUAAGAUUUAUAUGACAACAACGAGUAUAAAUCAAUUCACUAGUAGUAUCUUCCUGUUCAUUAUGAGUGCCGAUCGUUACAUAGCCGUUUGUCAUCCUAUAUCUUCUCCGAAAAUGCGAACACCUUGUAUAUCCAGAAUAGUCUCUUGUACCGCUUGGGCUAAAAGUGCAAUCUUUAUGAUUCCAGUAUUUCUUUACGCCAACGUAAUGGAGUCACCUAAGGGUAACAGUUGCAAUAUUUAUUGGCCGGACGAUCGCGGUGGUCAAACAGCUUUCACUCUUUAUACUUUCAUUCUGGGUUUUGCCGUUCCAUUGAUCCUCAUAUUGAUCUUUUAUUUCUUGGUAAUCAGGAAACUUCAAACGGUAGGACCGAAAAAUAAAUCAAAGGAGAAAAAACGUUCUCAUCGUAAAGUGACCAAACUGGUGUUAACCGUCAUCACUGUAUACGUUUUUUGUUGGCUACCUUAUUGGUUAAUGCAAGUAGCUCUGAUUUAUACACCCCCGAAACAAUGUCAGUCAAGCAUCAGUAUCGCUAGCUUUCUAUUGGCUGGAUUUCUUAGCUAUAGCAACAGUGCUAUGAAUCCGAUAUUGUACGCUUUUCUUAGUGACAAUUUUAAGAAAAGCUUUAUGAAAGCUUGCACUUGCGCAGCAGGUAAGGACGUGAACGCGACACUGCACAUCGAGAACAGCGUAUUUCCACGAAGGAAUAAAGCGAAUGCUGAGAAGAUUCAAUCUAAUCGUCAUGUAACUUUGGGACAAUCGAAACUCGAGUUAGAAGAUGAGGACGUUGAGAGAGGUCUAUUGGUCAGUAAAACUUCGACUACUACCGUAACGAUGACAUCACGAUCGAAUAUUACAGUGACUAGUGAAAAUAAUCGAGAUCAUGCUAAUAAAGACAAAGAAGGCUUAAAGAAUGGGGCACAGCUCACUCUACUCACGCAAGUUUAAAUUAUCUUAUUCAACGAUGUUAAAGAUAAUAUAAAGGAAAUCAUAAAAAAAUAAAUAUUUGUGUCUUCUAUGAUAAAAUUAUUGAUUCUCUAUCAAACGAGAGUUUUUGGAUGGAAUCCAGAAUUUCAUGAAAGUUAUUAUCCUUGGAGAUUAGCGACCAAUACUUCGACCUCGAUAACUUUCAAUUCCUCCGAAUACGGUCGUUCGUACCAAAUAAUGAAGUUUUUAAAGGGAAUGUCGAAAAGAGGAAGAAAGAUGGAGAUUUUGCUGAUCUAGGAACGACAUUAAAGAAACGGAACAAUCCCAUUGCAGGAGUUGUCGUUGUCCCUCUCGUCGAUGGUGAAACAUUGGAAAACAAUGACUUAAUGGCCGAACAUCCCGGCUCUUUUCCAAGAACAAGAUCCUCUCCUCUUUUCGUUCUCGCGUUCAAUAAAAUCGGCUACUACUCAACUUGGUCUCUUAUAACGUGGAUGAUCUUCGCGAGAAACUUUCUGCAGAAGAACAUGAGAACAAAAACGAUGUGUCGUACUCGAGUGCGGAUUUAAUGGUGCUAGAUCGAGUUCCCUAGUUUGCUCUAGUGACUGUUCUUAUUCUCUCAUAAGAAAUAUAUAUAUAUAUAUAUAUAUGUAUUUAUAUAUGUAUUAUUUGUUAUUAUAUAUGUAUUUAUAUAUGUACAUUCAUAUAUUUAUAUAUAAAUACAUGUAUAUGUAUAUUUAUAUAUAUGUAUGUAUGUAUUUAUAUAUUAUUAUUAUUAUUACAAAUUAUGCAGAUUCGUGGAUCAAUUCUUCAAAUUUAACAGUGAUUAUAGCGCCGUGAUAACUUGUAGAAUAUUUUUGUUCUUUAAUUAAUUCUUGUCAAAUUGAAAUACCAAAGAAUUCGAACGAUUAUAUUGUCAUCGUCGAUUUUAGGUCUUAAGUGUCGUAAAAAGUAAACUUCGUAUUUUGACGACGAAUUUCGAUCAUCGUAUGUGCAUGUGUAAAUAAUUUGAAAAUCACAUAUUUGUGCUCGUAAAGACGACGUUUCAUUUGCAUUUUCAAGUGUGUCCGUAUUUUCUCGUUGUCUUUCAGGUGGAAUUACAUGAAUAUAACACAGUCUGAUAUUAUUCGUAUCUGAAAUUUAAAUUUACAAUGUGCUUGGCUGUAUCCCAUCGUGCCAAAAAUAAAUGUCGAUGCUUCGCAGUCCGUAAAAUUUGUCAUUUCGUUAAAAGAAGAAAGGACAUUCCUCAUGACGAGUAUCUGUCGAUAUUUUUUCUCGAUCGGAGAAACAGUAAACAACAUUAUUUUUCCCAAUGUCUAUGAUUACUUCGUGAAAUAUUCAUCCUUGUCAAAAGCUCUCUAUAUUUAUUCUCUAAUCAAGUUAGCUUUUGAUCUGUAAAGCUCUUCUCUAGUCCAAUCCAAUCUACCUACGGUCGAAGAAGUUAUCCUCUCUUCAUACAGUAUGACUUUACGUACUAUCGUUUGAUUUGUAUGUCGUCGAAAGUUAUGAUUCAUUCAUAUUAACGACUAUUCAGAAACGUCCAAAAUAGAGAGCCGACUGUCAAAUGAUGUUAUAUAUUUUUAAAGAAUUCAAUUAAAAAAAAUUGAAGAAAAUAUAUAAAAUUAUUUUCG